CCAAUCUCUGCAACCUUGCCGACAUAUUCUUAAAAAAAAUUGCCGACGUAAAUAUGAUCUUCCCUCAGGUUCGGGCAUUUGGCGGGCACUGAGACGACGCAACUCGAACGCCACCAUGGAGCCGGAUCUCGUCAAAUCCUCCCUCUUCUACGCCGAUCAGCGCCUUUGCUCUGCCGAGAUCCUCUCACCUUCCGAAGUGCGGGCAAGAAUCGAAGUCGCCGUCCUCAAUUUCCUCAAGAUCCUCACUUCCCCGACCCCUGCUGUCGCCACUCUCCCUCUGGUUAGUAGGACGUCAGAUAACAGUGGGCUACGUCAUGGACUGUUGAGUGAUGUUUCGUCGGUCUUUCUCUCUCAUUCCAUUUGUACGAGGUCUCUCACAAGAGCCAAUGAUGCCAAGGCCUUCAUUAGAGUGUGGAAGGUCAUGGAAAUAUGUUUUCAGGUUCUGCAUCAGGGAAAGCUAGUCACCCAGAGGGAGCUCUUCUAUAAGCUGCUCAGUGACUCACCAGAGUUCUUUACUUCUCAGCGUCAGGUCAACAUAACAGUGCAAGAUGUUGUCGCAUUGCUUCGUUGCACUCGACAGAGUCUAGGUAUCAUGGCAUCCAGCAGAGGUGCAAUCAUUGGGCGCUUAUUGUUACAGGAGCCAGGCGAAGAGAUCAUUGACUGCUCUGUGCUUGGACAAGCUGGACAUGUUAUAUCUGGAGACUUAAAUUUGUUGAGCAAACUGGUUUUUCAUUCAGAUGCUCGAUAUAUUAUCAUAGUAGAGAAGGAUGCAAUUUUUCAAAGGUUGGCUGAAGAUCGCCUAUUCAAUCAGAUACCAUGUAUUCUGAUCACAGCUAAAGGAUAUCCUGACAUUGCAACAAGGUUUAUUCUUCACCGGCUAAACCAGAAUUUUCCAGACUUGCCAGUUUUGGCAUUGGUCGAUUGGAACCCAGCAGGGCUGGCAAUAUUAUGCACCUAUAAGUUUGGAAGCAUAACCAUGGGUUUGGAAUCAUACAGAUAUGCUUGCAAUGUUAAAUGGCUUGGAUUGCGAGGAGAUGAUCUGCAGCUUGUACCUCAACAUUCAUUGGUCCAACUGAAGCCGCGUGAUCUACAAAUAGCCAGAAGCUUGAUGUCAUCUAAGUUGCUGCAGGUAGACAAUUAAUUGCACAGUUCUCUUUAGUGAAUAUUGUAAUCACAUUUUACAUAUGUUUAAAAAUAGUAUAGGUAAAGGCAGAGCAAAUAUAUAUAUAUAUAUAUAUAUAUAUAUAUAUAGAGAGAGAGAGAGAGAGAG